GCUAUAUACCCAAAAUAAUCUCUCUAUAUAUAUAUGCACCAUCUAUUUCAUUUCUAGGGUUAGGGUUUUACUUUGCGGCAGCUUCAACUUCUUCUUCAUCUCAAACCUCUCAAACCCUCGUCGCUGUCGAGCAAUUUCUCUCAGUCACCAUGGGGAAAACACGUGGUAUGGGAGCUGGUCGUAAGCUGAAGUCCCACCGUAGAAGACAAAGGUGGGCCGACAAGUCAUACAAAAAGUCUCACCUUGGUAAUGAAUGGAAGAAGCCAUUUGCUGGGUCUUCCCACGCAAAGGGAAUUGUCCUAGAGAAGAUAGGUAUUGAGGCCAAACAGCCAAACUCUGCUAUUAGGAAAUGUGCUAGAGUUCAACUAAUCAAAAAUGGGAAAAAGAUUGCUGCAUUUGUCCCCAACGAUGGUUGCUUGAACUACAUUGAAGAAAACGAUGAGGUUUUGAUUGCUGGAUUUGGACGUAAGGGUCAUGCUGUCGGAGAUAUUCCUGGUGUUAGAUUCAAGGUUGUGAAGGUUUCUGGUGUCUCCCUGUUGGCUCUCUUCAAGGAGAAGAAGGAGAAGCCCAGGUCUUAAGUUGAGGGGAGAAGAGCGUAUCUUCUGUUUUAGAUGGUUUUGUUAAAGGAUGUUACUUUAUAUUUUUGAGUGAAUUUUGUGAACAAUCUUUAUUAAUUUUAAGCUUUUGUUUUGAGUUUGGGACAA